AUGAUUGGACUUGAGUCUUUACCGGAUCCUUCAGAUACCUGGGAAAUUAUUGAGACCAUUGGGAAGGGGACGUACGGUAAAGUCUAUAAAGUGGCGAAUAAGAAGGACGGAAGUCUAGCGGCAGUGAAGAUUCUAGAUCCUAUCAGUGAUGUGGAUGAGGAAAUUGAAGCGGAAUACAACAUCUUACAGUUUCUUCCUAAUCAUCCCAAUGUUGUUAAAUUCUAUGGAAUGUUUUACAAAGCAGAUCAAUAUGUGGGCGGACAGCUCUGGCUGGUCCUGGAGCUGUGUAACGGCGGCUCUGUCACCGACCUCGUCAAAGGCCUACUGAAGUGUGGCCAACGGCUGGAUGAAGCAAUAAUCUCGUACAUCUUAUAUGGCGCUCUCCUGGGCCUCCAGCAUUUGCACAACAACCGAAUCAUUCAUCGGGAUGUCAAAGGGAACAACAUUCUCCUGACGACAGAAGGAGGGGUCAAGCUUGUUGACUUUGGUGUAUCUGCACAACUCACCAGCACGAGAUUGAGAAGAAACACAUCAGUAGGAACCCCAUUUUGGAUGGCACCUGAGGUCAUUGCGUGUGAACAGCAGUACGACUACUCCUAUGACGCCCGCUGCGACGUGUGGUCUCUUGGGAUCACUGCUAUUGAACUGGGCGAUGGAGACCCACCUCUGUUUGACAUGCAUCCGGUGAAAACACUUUUUAAGAUCCCAAGGAACCCCCCUCCAACUUUGUUCCAGCCGGAAAACUGGUCCCGAGGAUUCAACCACUUCAUUUCCCAGUGUCUAAUUAAGGACUUUGAAAAACGUCCGUCUGUCACUCAUCUUUUAGAACAUCCUUUUAUAAGGCAGGCCCAUGGUAAAGAAAUGGCACUCCAGAAACUGUUGGCUGAUCUCAUUCAAGCUCAGCAACCAUUAGGCUCUGUUGCCAAGACAAGGCACGAACGAAUACACACUCGAAGACCGUAUUGUGUUGAUGCAUCUGACAAAUACUGUGCAGAUGAUGAUCUUGUAAACCUGGAAGUUCUGGAUGAGGAUACAAUUAUUCAUCAGUUGCAGAAGCGCUACGCAGACUUGCAAAUUUAUACUUAUGUCGGAGAUAUCUUAAUAGCCUUAAACCCCUUCCAGAAUCUUAGCAUAUAUUCUCCACAGUUUUCCAAGCUUUACCAUGGCGUGAAGCGUUCCUCAAAUCCUCCCCACAUAUUUGCCUCUGCAGAUGCUGCUUACCAAGGCAUGAUUACUUUUAACAAAGACCAGUGCAUUAUUAUCAGUGGAGAAAGUGGUGCUGGAAAGACUGAAAGUGCCCAUCUCAUUGUGCAGCACUUGACCUUCCUGGGAAAGGCUAGCAAUCGUGCUUUGCGGGAGAAGAUUCUCCAGGUGAAUCCUCUAGUAGAGGCUUUUGGGAAUGCCUGCACUGCAAUCAAUGACAACUCCAGUCGUUUUGGAAAGUACCUGGAGAUGAUGUUCACGCCAACUGGAGCUGUAAUGGGAGCAAAAAUUUCUGAAUAUUUGUUGGAAAAAUCCAGAGUUAUAAAACAAGCUGUAGGGGAGAAAAAUUUCCAUAUCUUUUAUUAUAUUUAUGCUGGCCUUUAUCAUCAGAAGAAACUCUUUGAAUAUAAACUCCCAGAGGAAAAACCUCCCAGAUAUAUUGAUAAUGACACUGGAAGAGUGAUGUAUGACAUUAUUAGUAAAGGAUCAUAUGGAACACAAUUCGAAGCAAUUCAACAUUGCUUUAGGAUCAUAGGAUUUACUGAUGAGGAGGUCCACUCGGUGUAUCGAAUUCUGGCUGGCAUCUUGAAUACGGGAAACAUUGAAUUUGCUGCCAUUUCUUCGCAACACCAAACAGACAAAAGCGAAGUGCCCAAUGCUGAAGCCUUAGAUAAUGCAGCUGCACUACUGAGUAUCGGCUCAGAGGAACUUCAGGAAGCUCUUACCUCGCAUUGUGUAGUAACGCGUGGCGAGACUAUUAUCCGAACCAACACAGUGGACAAAGCCACCGAUGUGCGUGAUGCCAUGUCAAAAGCACUUUAUGGCCGACUCUUCAGCUGGAUCGUAAAUCGUAUUAAUACCCUUUUGCAGCCUGAUAAAAAUAUAUGUAUGAAGCCGGUGUAG